AUCGUGAAACUGACCAAGGACCGCAAGUGAAAGGCACGCCGCUGCCGCGCCAUUCCUGGCCGAUGCGAUCGUCGCCGUUGCCUAAACGGUCCAGCGACCACCCGUCCAGGUGGUUGGCAAGGAUUCAAGAGCGUCAUCCUGGGCUUACACAUGCGCAAUUAUCACGGCAACUCCGCGGACCCCACCGUGGAAAUCAUGUUCCAUGGGAUCAAUUAGCCUUAGCGUUGGCAUACAUUGAGCCACAUCCGCACGACCCCCUCGAUGCAACCAUGAAGGCAUUUUGGAUGCAAUACUUGGAAGACGAUAAUCAUGUCAACAUCGAUGCCGCCCUUGCUGCGAUAUGGCCAAAUGCAGAGGGUACUUCGGCUCGUCGACCACCCCCUAUAAACACAGCAUGGGACAGCGAGCCGACGUCAGCGGCUUACGAACGACGGUCUCGCAAUGAUCUGGUGCACGCCCUGGGAGUCCAUGGCUUAGCCGCGCUGGAGGAAUCGUUGCGGCACACAGCUCGCAUUCGAAUCCCAGAUCUGUUUGAACGAGUGGCCGAUGUGGCACCACACUGGGACAUGUCGGCGGAGGCAUUUUACGACUUUUGCCAGCCAUUUUGUGACGCAUCUGCGCCAGACACAGUGUGCACGCGCCAGUUCCUCGUCGCCAUGCAAUUGCCGGUCGGGGGGUUGCAUCCAGCGGUCGAGCGUCUUCGAGACGCGUUGCAGCACAUACCAGCUCAAGAGUUGGAAACCCAAUGCGCCAUGUUCGACAUGGAGGACGACGGGUGGAUCCUUUUGAGUGAAUGUGUGGCUGUGCUUCACGCCUUACCAAACGUAGCGUUGACGCAGCUAGAGAUCGAAGCCGGAGUGCGCCAGUUGGCUCAGCCGGACCUUCGCAUUGCCUACAAGGACGUGUGCGCCGUGCUGGGAAGCUCGUCGGACGAAGGCUACGACGAUCGGUGGCACAAACUGCGGAUUCAGCUAUGCGACGACAACCCUGACAAAGGUCAAGAUGUUUUUCGCCAGCUCGAGCGCAUAUUCCAAAAACUGUCGAGCCAUCCAAGUCGCUGCAUGAUCACUGCGGGGGACCUUCAGAGAGUUCUGGGCGCUUUGUUGCCUCCGUCCGACCUUCAGUGGAUCCAUCGCUUGAUGCGGAAAUCUGACGGCAGUUUGGACGGCCAAGACUUCCUGGCGCGACUGUUUCCCACGACAUUCCUUGCUAUGUCAAGCGAAAGAAGCUUCCCUCAACCCCGACACCUUCCUGUCCAUCCAUUUCGGUCAUCAACUCCCCGUGGCCGACUGCCGCCAUCACAUUACGAUACUCACAUCACGACAACGCGGGCACGUUCGGCGUCGCCGACACGCGCGAUGCACUCUAAACUACGCGGCACUUCAACGGGCCACCACUCGACAAAACCCCACACACUUCGAGUGUACUCCCCCCGCAGUCCAGGAAAAACCACCCCCCGAGACGACGCGGUGUUGCAGCAGCUGCGUGAAAUCAUUCACCACCAGCAAAUAGACUUGCUUGCCUUGAGUGAUAUCAGCGACGGUGCUGGGCUCGUUUCCCUCGACGCCGCCACGCAGGCGUUGUGGCGAGAGCUCGAGUCGCUGGACCUGCUGACGUUCGUCCAACUGCAGAAGGCCCUGCGACGAUUCGCUACCGGAAAGGACGGCCGAUUGAAUCUGAAGAGCGUAUGGGACGGCCUGUUUGACUGGUCGCGUCUGCGCAAUGUGACAUCGCAUUCCAUGGAGGACAUGGCGGAAUCGUUCGCUCGCUUCACCUCGUCUCGUCGGGGGUACCUGCGAUGGCACCCUGACUUUCAGCGGGCACUCGACGAAAUGUUUGCCGUGGACUGGAUGCCAUGGGAGCACCAAGUGCUGUGUCAUCGGUUCGGCCUGACCAUGCACCAUGAGAUGUGGAUCGAUGUCCGAGCGUUCGUCAAGCAUCUCGCAAGCUUGCCGCAGGACUUGUGGCCGCUCAUCCAAGCCCACUGCGACUACCAAGAGAUGGACCCAAACCACAAGGGGUACGUGGACCGUGCCGACCUGAAGCGUUUUCUCGCCCGCGUGCUACAUCACAGCCCCACUCCAUACGAGGUGAGCUGCCACAUUUUCGCUUGACAUCCUGUGACUGCGCGGU